GGCUAAUCAGCUGCCUCCAACCUAAGAAUGGGUCGGUGGAGCUUGCAAGAUGGUGGAAUCCAGGGCCGUGACUAGCGGCACGCUAGCGCCCCCAUACAUAAAGCGGGCCUAGAUCUCGCCCCCAUGGACUUCUAUUCACUCUCAGCUGAAUCCAACAAACUCGACAAAACACAAUUGGAAGAGCGACAUUGCUUAAUGAUGUCUCGACGAAUCUCUCUACUCAUCACCGGUUUGACAAUGCCCGCCACCAAACGUCUCAACCCCAACCUCGACACGGCGGCUUUCGGCAAGACGCUCGACACUUCCAUCGACGGGCUCAAAGCUAUCCCAGGCCUGUACUACCAGCGCUUCGACCUCGAUCACGAAGCCCCGGCCGAGUCACCAGAAAGCGUGGCGGCGUUCAAAAAGGUCGUCAAAGAUGGACCACCGCAUGGCGGAGAGUGGGAUGCUUACUUCCUCGGCGCCGGACUGAGGAUUAUUCCGUCACUAACGCCUCUAUUUGAGGAUUUGGUCAAUACGAUUAUCGUGCAGGGGAAGGGCAAGGCCAAGGUCAUGUUCAGUGCGAAUGCUGCGGAUCACGUGCAGGUUGUGAAGCGUGUGCUGCCCGAGCUUGACGCGGAGCAGAGUUCGGGAUGACGGUUAGAAUUGUCGCAUCGGCGAGGGAGAGGAAUGCUUUGAGUACUAGGACCGUCUCUCGACUACG